AUGGGUGCUAGCGCAACAGGCAUAGGUCCUUCUUCCGGGUCUGGACCAAUACCAUCGAUGGAGAAAACCUUUAUCACUAUGCAUGAUUUAACCUCUGUUGACCCAUUUCCGUCCAUCCAAGUAGAGGCUCGCAUCGUAUACGCCUCCGAUUCAGUAGCAGAUGUUCUAGGCUACCCCCCUGAAGAAGUAAUCGGGCUCUCCUGCUUCGACUUUUUCCAUCCUGAUGAACUUCCCUUUGCUAGAAAAAUUCACAACCGGGGAAUCCAUUUGGACAGGGCUGCCGUACUUGUAUACUGCCGUGUAAAGCACAAAAACGGCGGGUUUAUCCAUUGCGAGACGAUCUUCAGCGUGGUAUACGAUGUCUUCGUCGCUGCAACCACCCUACAUGUUCAAACAAGCAAAAGCCAAGGCCGUGCAUUAACUGCACCGGUGAUUCGAAGGGUUUUCUCAUCAUCACCGAAUGAUCCUCGAUACCACAUGCUUACGCAUCUUUCCGCCAAAUUCCAUAUGGGGAACCCGGAUGAUCAAGGCACUCACGAACCCCGGGUUGCUUUGAUAUUGAACCGAUUCACAAGAACGCUUACCGUCCUCUACGCUUCGCACGCAAGUUCUUCGAUCUUUGGAGUUACACCGAGCCAACUAACCGGCAAAAGUUUUUUCGAAUGCAUCCACGAGGACUGUCUCCAAGAGGCAGUCGAUGCACUGGAAAGGGCAAAGGAGAAUGAUUCUAUUGCAUAUUUACGCUUUCAGUGGAGGGACCCUAUCAACGGUACAGCUGAAGAGGCACAAACACAUGAACAUGCAGCAGUUGACCGACCAUUAAGGAGGUCGCGGCGGAUUAGUUCGAAAUGUAAGCGGAAACUUGAGAGUGAUGACCAGAAUGAGGUCGGCGGGUCGUCUAGUAGAUCAUCAAAGCGCAGGGCGGUCGGAUCUCGAGGCGAAGACACGCCGGCCCAGCAGGGGGGAUCCUCGAGGCCUAGAUCAUCAGUUCGCGACGCUAGCCUGCCUGCCGCAGAGGCACCAAUCGAAUCGGGGGUCGGGGGGGAUACAGUUUCCGAUGUGGUAGCGAUGCCGGCUAUUCCUAGGGAGGUGGAAGCUGUGGUAUCGUGCACAUCCGAUGGGUUAGUCGUUAUACUGCGGCAAGCGAGGCCUCUGAUCCCGAAACCGCUUCACAAUGUUCCUAGCGGAAUUUUCGCAUCUCCUUGGGCACCGAUAUCUCUGGUCCCAAGGAUCGAGCACUUGCCCGACAAGAAUCGAGAGGCCAGUCUCAUGGAAGCAAUCCAGGAAGUUGCUGUUUUUGCUUGGAGUUUACGGCAGCUUGGGGGGGAGAUUAUUUCUAGUACGGGAAGUGAAAAGGCUACGACGGCAAGCAAAAGCAACGAGGGAGACAACGAUCAGAAAAAUCAUGACAAUAAUAACGGGACGGGGGAUGGUGGUUUCACAAGCGGUAAUGCCGAUGAAGGAGGUGUAGUUCCCUCGGAAUCAAAGGCACAGCAAAAAAAGGCCGUGGUGGUUGAACCUGAAGUGGUUGGAAGGUUCUCCAAAAAAGAGCGAGAGCCGCAGGGCCGCCCAAAAGCCAAUACCCGGAAACUGCCCCGGUCAUAG